UUGCCUCGUAGCUUCUCUUCGCUAGGGCAUCUUCCGUCGCAAGGCGAAGCUUUUCCUUGAAAGGGCUUCUGCUCUUCGCAGUUCAAGGUUAGGGUUUUCCUCGAGAAAUCCUUAUCGCUUGAGAUUAGUUCAUUCUGAGAUUUCAGCUGGGAGAUGGCGUUGACCAACUUCAUUGUGACGGUGGUGGGCGUCGGCGCCGCCAUCCUUCUUUUCCGCACGGAUGCUAGGCAGUCUGCCGCCAUCUUCCGCCGCAACCUUCGCCAGAUCCGAAAUUGGCUCGAAGAAGAAACCGCCUCCACUGCCAAGUCCAUGGAGCGAUCAUCAGCCAAGGAGUUGGAUUCUCAGAUUCCUAAAAAAGAAACUCCGAAGGAUGAGAAGCAUUAGAAUAUAUCAUUUUCUUUUUUCGAUUGUUUAGAAAUCAGGCAUAAGCGAACAUAUGUACAUGUUUGUGUUGUUUGAAUCUUGGUCAUACAAAUAAUGUUUUUCAUGAAAAAUCAAAUAUUUUCUUGCUAGUGUUGGCAACCAGCUAGCUCACUGUGACUUGACUGCCUCAGUAUGGGGAUGUUACUUAAAGUAUCAAUUCAUUCUUCUUCCAGGUG